GAAGAAAGGAAUUGUUGCCCCCGCAUAUUUUGUGACUGUGUAAAGGCAUUGCAUGAAUUAGUUUAAAUAUCAAGAACUAACUCAAAGGGUUCACAGUCUGCCUGGCCAUUUCGGCGAGGGAGGUCCAAGGGCCACGCCACGUGACGCGGAACAGGUCAUUACCCAAAGCCACAAUUGGCUCUUGCUGCUGACAGUAUUAUCAGCGAACUGCACAUUAUAUAUAGUGCACACUUUCCACUUAAAGUGAAGCAACUUCAUUAAGAAGGUUGGCUCCGAUAGCCUGUAUGGGCAAACUUAAAUAUUAGAGCGGGCUCCAGCAACAGCAGCUUCCACAUGAGUUGUGGGAAAAGACUUCGGAAACCUUCCAGGAUAUGUCAGAGCAGCAGCUGGUAUGUGAUUGAUCAUCCAGUACUAAGUGACAAGUGGAGAUACCUGUGAACAGAAUGGCAUCCUUCAAUAUCCCUCACAGUCUUGCUUCAGCUAAGGAGGCACUGAAGAAAUUUUCCAGGAUGGCCUACUCAGUGGAACAUAUAGAAAAGUUCCAGAGUGCUGUCAGUAUCAUCUAUGGGGCAGAAUAUAUUAUUGAGACAGAUUUUCUUGGUCGAAUGAUAUUUUGUUGCAAAAUAUGUCAUAAACCAAUGAACAAUGAAGAUUCUUUGGCUGAACACAAUCGAUCACAUUUUCAUCACAUGAAUCUUGACAAGAAAAUGCGAGACAAGGGAUUCGAAGUCAAUUCCUGCUUUAAAUUUCCUUCAACCUCUCUGCAGUUCAAACUUGCUAAUAGUAUACUGAAACCCCUGGGUAAGUUUUUGAUGAUAGAGGAGUACACCCAGGGUUUUGGACCUUCUUACUACAAAUGCAUUUUGUGUGCCGCACAUGGGAAAAUUGAUCCAAUGUACCAUCAUGUGAUAGGGAAAAAGCAUACAGAGAAAUAUAUUCGUUGGAGAUGUUUCCUGAAGGAUUCCAUUCUGACCUCUGCAGAAAGGGAGGAGAUCCGACAAAGAUUGAUUUUUGAGGAGGGAGUAGACUGCACACAGAUAAGAGUUAUCAAAGGCAGAUCAUAUUUUCCCUGUAAAUGGAUGGCACAAGGCAGGCCAACACCAAGACUCAAAGCUGAAUAUUUCUCAGAAGCUUCAGGUGGAAAGGUUGAGAAUUCCCAAGGAUUGAAGGCAUUCAACAAAACAGGCAGAAAGGCAAGCAAUUCAUCGGGGAUAAAAACAGAAACUCUGAAUCCUUCAAAGUCUACGUGCUCAGAAUCCUCAAGCACAGCAGCCUCCAAGAACAAAUAUCCACCCUUAUGCAAGGAUGAUAAGGGCCAGACAAUGCCAGGAGGGAAGCAAGAAGACAUUUGUCCAAACUUGGACGUAAGGAAUGUAAGCUUGCAGAAAUAUGAUCUGGAGGAGUUGAUGUCAUACUUGGUGUUCAUCAUUGAAUCUCAUUCUAUGCCUGAAGCUGAUUUAAGAACCCCAGAAGAUGUUAGAAUGGCCGUUCAAUUGAUUUUCAAAAUUUCUGUUGCACUACACAGUAUCCCGCACACUUGCUUGGCAAAUGGGUCAUGCAAGACUCCAAGAGAGGAAUGGAUCUUGAAAGCACACAAAGAUAAACUUGAAAAAAUAAUGGGAAAAAUCAUAUUCUUUGUGGAGCCAACCUUGAAAGAACACUCAAAGGAAAUGGAAACCUGAUUGGAGGUAUUUCCAGGACAGAAAGAGGUUUCAUUUUUGAUGAAAUAAGCCAAAUCAUCUGUGUAAGAAAAAUCUUGAAUAUCAUGUGUUCAUAUUCAAUCUUGAAAGAAUAGAAAAAAUGUCUUGUGAACUGCAGUAGACUUUGAAGAAUAAUAAAAGCAAUUCUUCAAAUAUUACUAAGAAAGGAAAAGAAGUAUUAGCUUUUUAAUAUUAUUUUUUUACAUGUAUUGUUGCUCGAUUUCAUUAAAGUUAAGUAAUGCACUUAACCCAUUCGCCCCAUGUGGCAAGAAUACAUGCCAUGCCCACUGUAAUACACUUUUAUCUAUUGUAUUUACACAUAGAUGGCUCCACAAGUUCUUAAUCACCAAAUAGCCAGUUAUCAGA